AUGCUAGCUGACUUGCCAUCGGAGAUAAUAUACAACAUUACAAUUUACUUGCCCACAGUAACUUCUCUCACCCAUCUAUCGCAAACCUGUCACCGUCUGCACAAGAUCAUUACCGCGGAUGAUCGUAUCUACCGCCUGUUCAUCCGAAAUCGAUUCCCAGCUCUCGGAGAUGCUCCACCUUUCUGGAAAGAUGUCGUACGAGCUGUAACGUCGCGCUCCCGAGCCCUUGAUCGUUGCGCUGUAAUAGCACGUUUUGUCGUCCCGUCGAACGCCGCCAAGGCGGUAGGCAUCCGUGACACAACAAGACAUGAUCGUCCGACGAUAGGAUACCGACCUACGGUCGAUAGCUAUGAGGUAUGGAAAGGGGAUCGAUGGCAGGAUAGAGAAGAUGUGCUUGCUUGGGGCGCAGCGGCAGAGAUUGUUCUUCGAAUCAAAAGAACGGGGCGGGGUGCGCAUGAGAGGUGGCUGCGCUUCAACGACUUGGAGCAUGUGAGUAGUCACGACGAUAUUCGUGGCAUCCACCUCUUAAGACCAGAUCACCAAAGUAUAUCUGGCGGAAAACAGCAUUUGAUAUAUGCGCGUGCAAGCGGCGACGUCUCCCAUAUUGCGAUUGAUCCCGAUGAUGCAACAUACCACCAGCAACAAACAUUCGUCACCAAUGAUUCUGAAAUCCAUAGCCUAGAUCUUGGAACGGGUCCAGAGCCAGUGCUCGCUGUACAUAGUUUUGACGGCAACAUAUCACUAUAUAGAACGACAACGAACGAUACGAGAGUCACUCCCUUUGCGCAACUCGAGGGCGAGACCGAAGAGGGAACACCCCGUCACUUCAUCAAAUUUCUAGCUCCAUCAAGGCUAGCAGUCGGCCAUGGUAAAGUAGCAGACACGAUUGUUGUCUCUGACUUGGCAGAAGAUCGUAUUUCAACCCAUCGUGAACUCACAUUCGAGGACCCGUAUCAUCGAUCGUUAUGGCCACGGAGAAAAGCGCGUGUUGGUGCCAUCGCGCCGCUCGGGGUUGAUUCAUACGGUGGAAGAGCUCAUGGAGAUAUUUUUCUCGCUGGUUGGGGAAAUAGCAGAGUGAGACUCCAUGACCUUCGCUCACCCAAGAUGUUCGAGCGUGAGUAUAUAGACGUCAUGGACAGUAAUCCAAUCUACUGCAUCCAACCCUUACACGACCGCUUCCUCGUAGGCGCAGGAUCCGAAGCAAUCGUCAACGUCUUUGACCUUCGCAUGCACAAGGCUUACCACCACUAUGGCGCAAAGCCCGCAUCCACGAUAUCAUCCAAUCAUGAGGCUUCACCAAAGGAAUUCUCAUUCUUUCUGUCUCACCAUCCACCACAUGUCCCUAGGCAUCGCAAUUACGGAACAUAUCGUGGUCCUAUUUACACAAUGUCGUCGCCUUCACCUACCUCUUCAACAGUAUAUACAGGCGUUGUUGAUGGGGUGAUACGUCUCGACUUUGGUUCCACAGAUGACUUGCUGGGUGAUAAUACCAGCGACUGGUAUCAGGACUAUCUUGACCUGGACAACAAUGACAUCGCCCAAAAUCCAUCAUCGAAUCCUAAAAGGAAGAACCAUUCAGCAGUCGGAGAAAAAAUCCUGCAACUUUCGGGUUAUGAGCGACCGAGCCUCGAGAAUAAAUCUGCAAGUGCUAAACUGAGGUCUCAAGUACCAUUUUGGAGUUUAAGUGAUGCAGAUGCGGAAAGGGAAAGGGGAAGUGGGUGGGAUCGACGUUGGAGACGAUUAGACGAGACACAAUCCUGGAGGUCGACCGGAGUAUAG